CCGGAACUGAUUUACGGUAAGCCGUCAGUGAACUGUGGUGGGUUUGGAAAAGGUUAAAGUGAUCCCUAAGAACACGAACCAUGCCGUUCGUUGACCUUCAGUCUAGGCUGGGAAUAAAUUUGGACCACUGGAUCCUGGCCCAGAGCGGAGAGCAGCCUUACAAGAGAGCCGCACGCUGCCAUGCCUUUGAGAAGGAGUGGAUCGAGUGUGGCCAUGGCAUCGGUCACACCCGUGCUAAGAAAGAAUGCAAACUCGAGUUUGAAGAUUUCUAUGAGUGCAUGCAUCGGCAAAAGACGCACCAGCGCUUGCAGGAGAUCCAGAAGCAGAGGGACAAGCUGAUUAAAGAAGGCUCCUACACACCUCCUGCACAUCACACGGGCAAAGAAGAACCUCGGCCCUGAACCUCAAACCCUGAGCUCUCGGCUCUUUGCCUGGCACACUGCUAGAGUGUGCCGACUCACUCGUGUAUUAUAAUUAUUCUAACAACCGUUGUUCUACUCAGAAUUUAAUAAUAAAUACUAUUCAUCA